CCAAUGUUUGGGAUGGAUUGUAUACACCUGUGUCCAUGGAGGGGAUCGGAGCACCUGAAUCCAAUGAUUGGGAGGGGAUUGGAACACCUGAAUCACAUGAUUGGGAGGGGAUUGGAACACCUGAAUCACAUGAUAUGGAGGCCAUUGGAGCACCUGAAUCACAUGAUAUGGAGGGCAUUGGAGCACCUGAAUCACAUGAUAUGGAGGGCAUUGGAGCACCUGAAUCACAUGAUAUGGAGGGGAUUGGAACACCUGAAUCCAAUGAUUGGGAGGGGAUUGUAACUCCUGAAUCACAUGAUUGGAAGGGGAUUGGAGCACCUGAAUCACAUGAUUGGGAGGGGAUUGGAACACCUGAAUCACAUGAUUGGGAGGGGAUUGGAGCACCUGAAACACAUGAUUGGGAGGGGAUUGGAGCACCUGAAUCACAUGAUUGGGAGGGGAUUGGAGCUCCUGAAUCCAAUGACUGGGAGGGGAUUGGAACACCUGAAUCCAAUGAUUGGGAGGGG